AUGGCUUCUCUCGCCGGUCAGCCCUUCCCCGAGGACGUCAGCUUCCAGUACAUCCCUUACUCGUCCGACAAGGCUGGCCUCAACUCCUGUGGCUUGCCCGUCAAGUACGACGCCAGCAAAGAGUUCAAGGAGAAGAAGGUCGUGCUCGUUGCUGUUCCCGGCGCCUUCACCCCCACCUGCGCCGAGAAGCACCUCCCCACCUUCAUCGAGCAAAAGGAUGCCCUCAAGGCCAAGGGUGUGGACCAGAUUGUCGUGAUCUCGUACAAUGAUCCUUUUGUCAUGAGCGCGUGGGGCAAGUCGAACGAGGUCAAGGAUGACUUCAUCAUUUUUGCAACCGACCCAGAGACCAAGUUCUCCCAGAAGAUUGGCUGGACCAUGGGCGAGAGGACCGGCCGCUACGCUCUCAUCGUCGACCACGGCAAGGUCACCUACGCCGAGCAGGCGGCCAAGGGCGGUGUCGAGGGCACCGAUGCCGCAUCUGUCCUGGCCAAGCUGUAA